UUGCUAAUGCGCGCAAAGAAGCCGAGUUCCUAAAGGACAAAAUCAGAGAGAAAAAACAGGCCCUCAAUGACACGUCAUAAAAAUUUUCUCCUUUACAACCUGACAAUGUUAAAUUACAAAAAAGAGUGGUCUCUUGUCCACUAGUGAACGAUUCUCUCUUGUCUUUUGGCCUGCCCUUGCCACCUUGCAAUGUUAAGCAACGGAGACGAGACAGAAUAUAGCAUGAUAAAAUAUCUACAAGCAAUGAUCCUCUUUUAAUAUUUCUUUUUAAUGACACUUACAUACUAUACUCAUUUUGUUCUACUUUAUCUUGCCUUCUGCUCCCUUUGCUCUAUCCCGACUUUCUCUCUGCCCGCAUCACUGUCUCCACGUCUUGAAUCGCCAUGGGAUGGAUAAUGCAAUUUAUAGUACGAGUUAUGUCUCAAGAUCUGGAGCCCUUGACUCGCAUUGGAAUGCGCAUUCGGAGGGUGCUCAAGGGCCAUCUGGCAAAAAUCUAUGCCAUGCAUUGGGCAACCGAUAAGAGGCACUUGGUCUCGGCCUCACAGGAUGGCAAGCUAAUUGUCUGGGAUGCCUACACUACCAACAAGGUCUAUGCCAUCCCCUUGCGCUCAUCCUGGGUAAUGACAUGUGCUUAUGCACCUACAGGCAAUUUUGUCGCAUGUGGUGGACUUGACAACAUGUGCUCAAUUUACAACCUCCGUACACGGGAAGGAUCUGUCAAGGUAGCACGUGAACUGAGCGCACAUUCUGGAUAUCUGUCCUGCUGUCGUUUCUUAAAUGACCGGCAGAUUCUGACUUCAAGUGGAGACAUGAGCUGUAUGCUGUGGGAUGUCGAUGCUGGCAUCAAAACCAUGGAAUUUAACGACCACACAGGCGAUGUCAUGAGCUUAUCGAUUUCUCCUGAUCAGCGCUUAUUUGUCUCUGGUGCAUGUGAUUCUACAGCCAAAGUAUGGGACAUUCGGUCAGGACGCUGUGUCCAAACCUUUACUGGUCACGAGUCAGAUAUCAAUGCCGUGCAGUUCUUCCCUAACGGAGAUGCAUUUGGAACAGGAUCAGAUGAUGCAUCAUGCCGUCUAUUCGAUCUUCGUGCAGAUCGGGAGAUGAACAUUUAUACACAUGACAAUAUCCUUUGUGGUAUCACUUCAGUGGCGUUCUCGAUCUCUGGCCGUCUCAUGUUUGCAGGAUAUGAUGAUUUUAACUGCAAUGUUUGGGAUACUCUUCGAGGCGAACGUGUAGGCGUCUUGACUGGACAUGAGAAUCGUGUUAGCUGUCUAGGAGUUGCAAGCGACGGUAUGGCAAUGUGCACUGGAAGCUGGGAUACCACUUUGAAAGUCUGGUCUUGAUCAAAAUCAUCGAAGGAUUUUUUUUAUUUUAUUUUAUUUUUGGACAAGAGAUGGUUUUUGUUUUAUAUAUUUCUUGCUCUGUACCUUGUUUCCAUUGCGCUUCAUAAUCAAAUUCAUCAACGUUCCUCCCACCUCUUACUCUUACCAAUUGCUUUAUUUCUCCUCUACCGGCUUCAUCCUAUUAUUAUUACUAUUCUUAUUACCAAUAUGCCUUUAUCUAGAUGCCUAUCCUUCUCAACAUACCAAUAGUGCUUUUGGACUCUCGCUUUUAUUCGUUAUUAGUGCUUUAUCUCGUCUUCUAUCAUUACCUUAUCUCCUACUCAAGUUCGUCUUGUCUUGGUAUAAUAUACAGCGCAGCAAAUUCCGUUGAGUCUUGUUCAAUGGUUCAACCAGUAAAUAAAAUAAAGCGUCCAACCUCAUUGCCAC